AUGAUAUCUUGGCGAAUAGUCAAUGAUUCCUCUUCGUCUGUUUCUGUUCAAAUUUUUCAACGGUAUGCUUGGCGAUAUACUUACUAUAGUCCAUAUUGUACAAAUGCAACUAUUCCAACUGGACAACCUCUUUUAGGUGCAGGUAAUUAUAUUAAUUGUGUUAGUAGUUGUCCAACAGGUUUAUCAACACUUGGAAGUGUUCAAGUUCCUUGCA